AUGGCCAGCUCGACGGGCGCCGCAGCCGAAGCACAGUGGCGGGCGCAGUUCGCCGCCAUGAAAGCCGCCCUGGACGACCUCAAGCUGUCCCAGAGCCUGGGCAAGUCUCCUUCAGUCGAGGCCAACGACUAUGACCUCGACGAGGACGAAGACUUCACUUCAGGCAACAGCGGCGACGAUGUCUGGGACUUCAUCUCGGACAGCGAGGCUGAUCUCUACAGCAGCGAUUUCGUCGACGACGCCCAUGGCGAUCCCCUAGCCGGUCCUUCGGGAACGUCAUGGUUCGCCGAACAAUGCGCCAUCAUCUCCGCCAAGCGGGAUGGCCUGUCUCCAGACGUGUUCCAGGCACAAAUCAUAGAGAUUAUUAGCUCCGGGCGCUCCGACGACGAGGUCCAGAUGCGGCUCACAGAUCUCAUUGGCUUUGAUGAUCUCGAUUUCGUGAUUGAAGUCCUUUCUAAAAAGGACGAGAUCCUGUCAAGCUCUUUUGGUGCAGCCGAGUCACAGCCCACGGGCCAGCGGCUGCUGUCCAGAGCCGAGAGGGAUGCUGUAUUGCGCCAACGAGAUUUCGAGCACAAGAACGCCUCGUUGGCAUCUGCAACAUACAAAGAGGAGCAGUACCCGCACGUUUAUAAAGCACACAAUGCCGGCAACACCCUCAGCUCAACAGGGAAGAAGUAUGCUCUGCCAGAUGGCAGUGAGAGGAGACAGUUCGAGAAGUACGAAGAGUACUUUGUCCCGGCAGGCAAGGCGGGCACACUUGGCCCUGGCCGCAAGCUCAUCAAUAUUGCGGACAUGGAUGGGCUAUGCCGAGCAACCUUUAAAGGCUACAAGACCCUCAACAGGAUGCAGAGUCUUGUCUACCCGGUGGCGUACAAGACGAGUGAGAAUAUGCUCAUCUGUGCCCCGACGGGUGCAGGUAAGACAGAUGCCGCCAUGUUGACGAUCUUGUCCACCAUCGGUCACUAUGUCACCCCGAAUCCCAUUGAGAACACCCAGGCGACGGAUUUCGCCGUGGAUCUCGAGGACUUCAAGAUCGUCUAUGUCGCGCCUAUGAAGGCGCUUGCGGCUGAAAUCACGGAAAAGCUCGGGAAACGACUUGCCUGGCUUGGUAUCAAGGCACGUGAAUAUACUGGAGAUAUGCAUCUUACCAAGGCAGAGAUCGUCCAGACCCAGAUCAUCGUGACUACACCUGAGAAAUGGGACGUCGUUACCAGAAAGGGUACUGGCGAUACCGAGCUAGUGCAAAAGGUUCGGCUUCUCAUCAUCGACGAGGUCCACAUGCUUCACGACGAGCGCGGUGCCGUCCUCGAGUCACUGGUUGCUCGUACGGAGCGACAAGUGGAGAGCACGCAGUCUCUGAUCCGCAUUGUCGGUCUCAGUGCCACGCUACCCAACUACAUCGAUGUGGCCGACUUCCUCAAGGUCAACCGAUAUGCCGGCUUGUUCUACUUUGACGCGUCGUUCCGCCCAGUCCCGUUAGAACAACAUUUCAUUGGUGUUCGCGGAAAGGCUGGUUCGAAACAGUCGAGGGAGAAUCUUGACACAGUCGCUUUCGAGAAAGUCAAGGAGAUGCUCGAGUGCGACCACCAGGUCAUGGUCUUUGUGCACUCGCGACGAGACACUCUAUUGACGGCCAAGAUGCUCUAUGAAAAGGCUGUGGACCAAGUUUGUGUCGAUCUCUUUGAUCCUCAAGCUCAUCCCAAGUACGAGCAAGCCGUGAAGGAUAUGAAGUCCUGCAAGGCUCGAGAGCUUCGCGAUCUGUUGCCCAAAGGCCUCGGCAUUCAUCAUGCGGGCAUGACCCGGUCCGACAGAAACCUCAUGGAGCGAUUAUUUGCCGAGGGUGUGCUCAGGGUGCUGUGCUGUACUGCCACACUUGCCUGGGGUGUCAACUUGCCAGCUGCUGCAGUCGUCAUCAAGGGCACUCAGGUGUACAGCGCACAGGACGGAAAGUUUGUGGAUCUCGGGAUUCUCGACGUCCUGCAGAUUUUUGGUCGUGCCGGACGUCCUCAAUUUGAGGACACCGGUAUCGGCAUGAUCUGUACGACCGCUGACAAGCUGCCGCACUACCUCACGGCUGUCACCGAACAACAACCGAUCGAGUCCAGGUUCUCGUCGAAGCUUGUUGACAAUCUGAACGCAGAGAUCGCGCUUGGUACGGUGACCUCGAUCGCGGAGGCGGUCCAGUGGAUUGGGUAUUCUUAUCUCUUUGUCAGAAUGAAGAGAAAUCCAAUGGCCUAUGGCAUUGAGUGGGCAGAGAUGAGAGACGACCCCAGCUUGGUCCAGAGACGACGGCAACUUGCCAUCCAGGCUGCACGAACUCUGCAAAAAAGCCAGAUGAUCAUCUUCAACGAGACGACCGAGGAGCUACGGAGCAAGGAUGUUGGCCGUAUUGCUAGUCAGUACUACAUUCAGCAGACGAGUGUUUUGGUGUUCAACGAGAUGAUGAAGCCUCACUCGACAGAGGCCGACAUCCUGGCGAUGAUUAGCAUGAGUGGAGAGUUUGACAAUGUGCAGUCUCGGGACAGCGAAGCUGACGAGCUGACGAGACUCAAGACGGAGGUGGCGCCGUGCGACGUCAAGGGCGGCAUCGACACCCCUCAAGCGAAGACGAAUAUCCUUUUGCAAGCCUACAUCUCGCGAGCACAACCCGAGGACUUUGCCCUUGGCAACGAUCUCAACUAUGUUGCGCAACAGUCUGGACGAAUCUGUAGGGCGCUCUUCAUGAUUGCACUUAAUCGUCGAUGGGGACAUCAGUGCCUCGUCCUUCUGACCUUGGCAAAGUCGAUUGAGAAGCGCAUAUGGCCUUUCCAGCAUCCACUGCACCAAUUCGAGCUGCCAAAGUCGGUACUGAACCAGGUUGAUGCUAAGGAAACGCUCACGAUUGAGGCGCUGCGCGAUAUGGAAGCAGCCGAAGUCGGAGGCUUGGUGCACAACCAGAAUGCUGGCAAGAAGAUUGCCGGCAUCAUUAGCAACUUCCCUACUCUCACGGUGGAAGCGGAGAUUGCCCCUCUGAACCGUGACGUUCUUCGCGUCAAGCUUUUCAUCACCCCCGACUUUAGGUGGAACGAUCAUAUGCACGGGAAAUCGGAGUCUUUCUACAUUUGGGUCGAGCAUUCAGAGACCUCGGAGAUUUACCACCACGAGUUCUUCAUCCUGAACCGGCGGAAGUUGUACGACGACCACGAGCUCAACUUUACCAUUCCUCUGUCGGACCCCUUGCCAGAUCAGAUAUAUGUUCGAGCAGUGUCUGACAAAUGGCUAGGAGCAGAGACGGUGACACCUGUGUCAUUUCAACAUCUCAUUCGGCCCGAUACAGAAAGUGUCUAUACCGAUCUGCUCAAUCUCCAGCCUCUACCAAUCUCAGCGCUCAAGAACCCUGCUCUUGAGGAGCUGUAUGCCAAACGCUUCCAUUUCUUCAAUCCGAUGCAAACGCAGAUCUUUCAUACCCUGUACCACACUCCAGCGAAUGUGCUGCUCGGUUCGCCCACGGGCAGUGGAAAAACUGUGGCUGCCGAGCUUGCAAUGUGGUGGGCGUUCCGCGAUAAGCCUGGGUCAAAGGUCGUUUACAUCGCACCCAUGAAGGCUCUCGUCCGCGAACGUGUUAAGGACUGGGGGACACGACUGGCCGGACCAUUAGGACUGAAGCUGGUCGAAUUGACGGGUGACAAUACCCCAGACACAAGGACAAUCAAAGACGCCAACAUUAUUGUUACAACACCUGAGAAGUGGGACGGUAUCUCGAGAAGCUGGCAGACAAGAGGCUAUGUUCGCCAAGUGUCACUUGUCAUCAUCGAUGAGAUCCACCUUCUGGCAGGCGACCGUGGUCCUAUUCUGGAGAUUAUUGUUUCACGUAUGAAUUAUAUCGCCGAGUCAACCAAGAAUCCUGUUCGGCUCCUCGGCAUGUCGACAGCUUGCGCCAACGCCACGGACCUCGGCAACUGGCUUGGAGUCAAGGAAGGGCUGUUCAACUUCAGGCACUCGGUUCGGCCUGUUCCACUGGAGCUGUACAUCGAUGGGUUCCCCGAGGUCAGGGGUUUCUGCCCGUUGAUGCAGUCGAUGAACAGACCUACUUUUCUGGCUAUCAAGAACCACAGUCCGGAGAAGCCGGUUAUUGUGUUCGUGCCAUCUCGUCGACAGACGCGACUGACUGCCAAGGAUCUCAUCAACUUUUGUGGUAUGGAAGACAACCCGCGACGCUUUGUACACAUGGACGAGGAUGAUCUGCAACUCAAUCUCUCCCGGGUCAAGGAUGACGCCUUGAAGGAGGCGAUCAAUUUUGGCAUCGGGCUGCAUCAUGCUGGUCUUGUCGAGUCUGACCGCCAGCUUGCCGAGGAGCUCUUCCUCAACAACAAGAUCCAGAUCCUCAUCGCCACCAGCACUUUGGCGUGGGGUGUCAACUUGCCUGCGCAUUUAGUCGUCGUCAAGGGCACGCAGUUCUUCGACGCCAAGAUCGAGGGCUACAAGGACAUGGACCUCACAGAUGUGCUGCAGAUGCUGGGCCGAGCUGGACGACCACAAUUCGACAAUUCGGGCGUGGCCCGCAUCUUUACACAAGACUCCAAGAAGGACUUUUACAAACACUUCUUGCAUACAGGCUUUCCUGUAGAGUCCUCGUUGCAUACAGUCCUAGACAACCACUUGUGUGCCGAGAUCUCCGCCGAGACCAUAAUCACCAAGCAGGACGCGCUGGACUACCUCACGUGGACAUUCUUCUUCCGCCGGCUGCACAAGAACCCUUCUUACUACGGCCUCGAGAUCUCGGCGGAGGAGCACAACACGAUUGCAGCACAGCAGCUGGCGAAUGAGUUCAUGAUUGAAAUGGUGACCAACUCACUCAACGAGCUGGCGGCGUCCAAGUGUGUCGAGGUCUUCCCGAACGGCGAUGUUGACCCUACACCCCUUGGCAAGAUCAUGAGUUACUACUACCUCUCGCACAAGACCAUCCGCUCGCUAGUCAAGUAUGCCAAGCCAAAGGCGUCCUUUGUUGACGUGCUGACCUGGAUGUCGCGAGCGACCGAGUACGAUGAGCUGCCUGUGCGACACAACGAGGAUCUCAUCAACGCCGAGCUUUCGAAGCAUCUGCCAUACGGAGGCGACCACUUUGGCCUGCCAAUGUGGGAUCCCCACGUCAAGGCAUUCCUGCUUCUACAGGCCCACAUGGCUCGCAUCGACCUCCCCAUUACCGAUUACGUCGGUGAUCAGACGAGCGUGCUCGACCAGGCGAUCCGUAUCAUCCAGGCGUCCAUCGAUGUCCUCACCGAGCUCGGCCACCUGUCCAGCUGUCUGGAAAUGGUUACGCUAUUGCAGUGCAUCAAGUCGGCCCGCUGGCCCGAGGACAACCCAUUGUCCAUCCUGCCUGGCGUCAAAGCCGAAUCCGACUCUGCCCUUGUGACGGGCAAAAAGGACAAGGGCAAAGACAACAAGGACAACGCAACGACCUUGCAGAAGCUCACUGCCCUGUCCCGCGCACAGCUCGACAAACUCGUCUCGAGCACCUUGCACAUCCCACCGUCCCAGCAGACGCGCUUCCACCGCGCGGUGUCCAUCCUGCCCAACAUCGCCGUAAAAGCCGAGGACGUGACCGCGCAGUCCUUGACCGUCACCCUGCGCAGGCUGAACCCGAUCGUCGAGCGCGAGGGUCGCAUAUACGCCCCGCGCUACCCGAAGCCGCAGACCGAAGGCUGGUUCGUGAUCGUGUGCGACGUGGCGAGGGACGAGAUCAUCGCUGUGAAACGUGCCGGGUGGUCCUCCUCCUCUUCUUCCUCGUCCGGCGGCGGCGGAAAGGGCAAAGGGUCUGCGGGCGGCAGCGGUGGUGGUGGUGGUGGUGGUGGUAACGGUGUGAGCACGGGCUCCAAGCCCACAGCCCGCGCCAGCAUCAAGCUGCCCGAGCCCGAGAGCCCCGAGGCCCGCACUCUGACGCGCAAGGUAGACGUCAUCAUUGCGAGUGACGCAUACGUCGGGAUGCAAUAUGAGAUUCUGGGCGUCGAGAUCCCUGGUGUCCCGAUUGUCGAUGACGAUGUCGGCAAGGGGAAGAAGGGCGGCGGGAGUUGA